GAAUCAACAUCUAAUCGCAAACUUGAUGUGAACAACGUGCAGUUACAAUUAAUAACUGACAUAGGAAUUUGAUUUCUGAACAAGGCAUAAAUUACAAGUACAACUAGUAGCAAUACAUAAAAAUAUGACCAAUUGAAUUUAUUUCUCUUUAUGGCUUCUAGUUCUGUGUCUGGCUUCGACUGUCCUAUUUGCACUGAGGUUCUUCUGGAUCCCCGUGCACUUCCUUGUGGGCAUUCAUUCUGUGGACCUCCUAGGAUUUGCUUGGAUGGAAUCAAAAUCAAGGACAAUAAUGAAAAUAUUUUUCAAUUAUCGAAGACCAAAUGUGCGGUAUGCAAUGCUCUCUUCGAAAUUGAUGUUGCCGAUUUGAAACCUCUUUACGGAAUUCGGGACGCUCUGAAGGACGUGGCGAUAGCGAAACCCGAAAGGCGAUCUAUAAAGCAGAAGGGCCAACCAUGCGUUCAUACUAAAGAUCCUCUUUUCUUGUGCGAUGUCUGCAGUUUUAAGCUAUGUCUGACUUGCUUUGAAAAGAGUCAUUCGGGACAUGUCAUCAGAAGCUACAAUGAUUUUCUGACCGAGCGUGGAGUGAAGCUUGUGACAAUGCUGGGCAACGUUGAUCUAAUGAUCCUACAAGUUUCCAAUGAAAUGAAGAAACUUUCAACUGAUAAGGAAAAGCUGAACUCGUAUGCAAGGACACGAGACGAAAUUAAGAAGUUCUUGGGACGUGGCGAUAGUCAUGAAAAGUUAAGUUUAGAAAUCAAGUACCUCCUUGAAACUGGAUUUAACGCAGAGAAUUUCAAUCAAAUUCGAGAACCAGAGCCUCUUAAAUUUCCUUUGCAAAUUGAAAAUAUAUUUGAAGCAAAAUCAGAGGCAAAUGGCAAGACAUCCAAUGCGUUCAUAUGUGGAAACUGGAUAUUUAUUGUCGCGUGCUCUUCAUUUACGAGAAACAAAGAAUCGAUGCUUGGAUUAUGGCUUUAUGUCUCGCCAGUUAAAAAAUCGUCAGACUGGAAUUUGGAACUGAGCUAUGAAUCAACACUGCUAAGCUCUGACCCAGAGAAAAACUUCGUUCAAAAAUUCACUUCGAUCAAACAUCCAGAUGCUAAGAGGAGGGUUUUGCAUUGUAUGCCGAUACCCUGGAAGAAUCUGGAGAAUCCUCAGAAUGAGUUUCUAACCAAAGGUGACACCAUUAAACUGGAAAUUCAUAUCCAUGAGUUAUCAGUCAUUUAGUAAUCACUUCAUGAUACUUAGUUCGAAAUUCAUGUAAUCUACGUAGUUUCAUUUAAUAUUAGAAAAACUA